ACUGGGCUCCGCGGAGCAAGCGAGAGGUCUGCGCGCAGUCUGAGCGGCGCGCGUCCAGUCCCGAGGCCGACGCCAGCACGCCCUCAUGGCCCCCGCAGCGGCGUCGGGGGGCAGCACGCUGCCCAGUGGCUUCUCGGUCUUCACCACCUUCCCCGACUUGCUCUUCAUCUUCGAGUUUAUCUUCGGGGGCCUGGUGUGGAUCCUGGUUGCCUCCUCCCUGGUGCCCUGGCCCCUGGUCCAGGGCUGGGUGAUGUUCGUGUCUGUGUUCUGCUUCGUGGCCACCACCUCCUUGAUCGUCCUGUACCUCAUUGGAGCCCACGGUGGAGAGGCCUCCUGGGUCACCUUGGACGCAGCCUACCACUGCACUGCUGCCCUCUUUUACCUCAGCGCCUCAGUCCUGGAGGCCCUGGCCACCAUCACGAUGCAAGACGGCUUCACCUACAGGCACUACCAUGAAAACAUUGCUGCCGUGGUGUUCUCCUACGUGGCCACUCUGCUCUACGUGGUCCACUCCGUGUUGUCUCUGAUCCGAUGGAAGUCUUCAUAAAGCCCCAGCAGAACCUGAGCUGAAAACCCAGCUGGUGUUAACUGGCCACUCCACCGUCCAGCAUAACGUUUUAGAAAACAGAAAUGCCCUUGACGGUGGAAAAAAGAAAACAACCCCUCACCCCCAUCCCCAACAACAAAAAAAAGCCCUGCCCUAUUGCUUGUGGGUGCUGUGUUUACUCUCCCGUGUGCCUUCGCGUCCGGGUCGGGAGCUCGCUGCCUCUAACCCCCGACGGCUGCGCUGUCUGCUAGGGUCACCUCCUGUUUGUGAAAGGGGAACUUCUUGUUUGGGGGUGGGAGGUGGGGACUGACCUGAGAAGGAGACAAAGAUCCCCUGCUGACCCCUGGACCAGCUCUCGAGAACUACCUGCUAGAAUUUUCCACAGGCUCUCCUGAGCGUCCCCUCUUGUGGCACGUUUUAAGUCUUCAUGGAUGUUCCGCGUGUCACGGGGACUAAAACUCACCCCACAGAUCUUUCCAGAGGUCCAAGGUGGAAGAUGGUAACCCGGUGAAAUACUUCAUAAAGUGUCUUUAUGUUCAA